AUGGAAAAAUCAUCCUAUGUAGUAUUUUCAGGCGGAUCAGCUUGUAACCAUAUUCUAGAUGGAUUCCACAAGACAAGUUCACAUGAUGUCAGUUACAUACUUGGUAUCUCUGACAAUGGUGGAUCCACUAGCGAGCUCUUGCGAGUGCUGGGAGGCCCUAGUGUUGGUGAUUUGCGGUCCAGAUUGAUUCGCUUGAUGGACACAUUGGACGAAAACACAGCUUCAAUUGAAAUGAAGGCCGUCAAAGAUCUCCUGAGCUACCGACUGCCUGCCGAUAAAGAUCUACAAAAAGUGCGUGAUGAAUGGGCGUUGAUUGUAGAAGGCAGACACAGCCUCUGGAAUGACAUUUCUAUCGAAAAGAAGGAAGCUAUUCGAGGUUUUUUGACACUGUUUGACUUUGAGAUCUUGAAGAGAGCACACAAACGAUUCAACUUUUGCAACGGCAGUGUUGGCAAUUUCUUCCUGACAGGUGCUCGGCUCUUCACUGGCUCUUUGGAAGCAGCCAUCUUCUUAUUUGCGUCCAUGACCGGUAUUACAUCAGUGCCAACGUCAGUUGUUCCAGUCAUCAAUACAAACCAAACCGCUACCAUCGCUGCAUCCUUGGCAAACGGAGAGACGCUGGUUGGCCAAUGCGAAAUAUCACAUCCCUCGCCCUUUCAGCAAAAGAGAAAGAACGGUGCAUGUACACCUCGAAAGAAGCGCAUGAAUCCCAUCGAUGCAUUCUCUUACUUUGAAGAUCACAUUAAUAUUACCUCAGAGCCCAAAGGCAUGGACAAUGCAAACCUCUUCUUUUCAAAACACAUUGAUGAAAAGCUCACCUCGCCUAUUGAUCGCAUCUACUAUAUCAAUGAAUACGGCCAAGAGAUCUACCCAGUUCCCAACCCCAAAGUCGUGAGUCAGUUGUCGUCGAAAAAGGCCUUGGUGUAUUCCAUUGGUUCCUUGUACACUUCUCUCAUCCCAUGUCUUGUCCUUCGCGGUGUUGGAAACGCCAUUGUUCAAUCACAAAGUCUCAGGCACAAAAUCCUCCUCUUGAACGGCACAAAUGAUCGUGAAACCAGUGAUUAUACAGCCAUCGACUUUAUCAAUGCAAUCGCAUCCGCUUUGAAUGAAAGCCAACGUAUUGAUGCACGCCGUGCAUUUUAUCAGUCCUGUGAUGAUGAGGAAGAAGAAUACGAUGACGAUAUGGAUGAUGAUCUGUAUGCCACCAACAGUCGAACUAGCAGCAUUGCAAGCACUGUGAUACAAACACCACCAUCCUCGUAUUCACUUCAUAACCAACUCAGUUCCAUGGCAAUUGGAAGUAUGCCUGCAUCUCCGUCUCAUCGAUAUCCUCCUUUCCCUAUCAACUCCUUUUACCCUAGCCCUGUGUCUUCAUUCAUCACUCAUAUGGUCUAUCUCGACAACAGUGCCAUCCCAGUGGACACGGCUGCUAUUGAACGACUUGGCAUCAAAUGUGUGCGAAUGAAAGGUGCUCUCAAUAGCUCCGGAGAGCCCAUCUACAACGAAGAGUUGUUCACUCAAGUCAUUGAAUCCAUUGUACAUAUCUAA